CAACAACCACAGCAUCCACCCCGACAACAACCACAACCACGCCUUCCACCCUGACAACAACCACAACCAUGCCUUCCACCCCGACCACAACCACAACCACGCCUUCCACCCCGACGACAACCAUGCCUUCCACCCCGACAACAACCACACCUUCCACCCCGACAACAACCACAACCACGCCUUCCACCCUGACAACAACCACAACCACGCCUUCCACCCCGACCACAACCACAACCACGACUUCCACCCCAACAACAACGACGCCUUCCACCCCGACAACAACCACGCCUUCCACCUCGACAACAACCACAACCACACCUUCCACCCUGACAACAACCACAACCACGCCUUCCACCCCGACAACAACCAUGCCUUCCACCCCGACCACAACCACGCCUUCCACCCCGACCACAACCACGCCUUCCACCCCGACCCCAACCACGAUUUUCCCAAAGAUCUUACGCAAGACUACCACCCCGACCUCUGAGAAACCUCAACUGAAGAGACAGUUGGUGAGAAUGAAGAUGACCCCAAAGGAUCCAAAUAUGAACCUCAGUGAUCCUGCUGUUCAGGACUCCAUCUUACAAGAGAUAAGGAACAAGCUGAAGGAGCAGGGGUUACCUGCAGACACCAUAGUGACAUGGAAAAAGCAGCCUGAUGGGAAGGUCUUUCACAAGGAGGAAGAGGGGUCUCCCAAGAAAGAAGAGGAGGAGAAGAAGAUGAAGAGGAUGAUGACAAAGAGAGAACUCUAAUUAUGUUAAAUGUUCUCUCCUUUUUUAUUUAGAUUAAUUAUCUGUACUGGGAUGUUUUUUCUCACCCUAAUUAAAUGUGUUUUCUUAAGUUAAUUGUUUAAUUAUAAACAUUUAAUAGUGUUUUAUCUUGAGAUGUUUUUAUUGAUCAUUUUCUUGACUUUUAUUACAGGGUGUGUUCUCAAGAUAGACAUUUCACACAUCAUGUCUGUAAAUGAGUUAUUUGUAGUUAUGUUGAUAUUCAGGGCUGAGAAAAAGUAUUUGUCUCCUUUCUAAUUUUCUCAACUUUUACAUAUUUAAGAUGAAGAAUGUUAUCAGAUCUUCAAAGAAAACAGAAUAUUAGAUGAAGGGAACUUGAGUGAACAAGUAACACAACAAUUACCUACUUAUUUCAUUUAUUUCAUAACUAAGUUAUGUAACACCCAAUGUUCAUGUGUUAAAAAGUAAACUCAGGGACAUUUGUGGGUUUUCAAUCAUGAACUGCUCAUUUCAAGUCCUGCCACAACAUCUCAAAUGGGAUCAUUAGGUCUGGACAUUGACUAGGUCAUUCCAAAACUAUAAAUGUGUUGUUUUUUUAACCAUUUUCAUGUAGAACUGAUUGUGUGUUUUGGAUCAAUGUCUUGCUGCAUGACCAACCUGCGUUUCAGCAUCAGGUCACAGACGGAUGGCCUGACAUUCUCCUGUAGAAUUCUCUGAUGCAGAGCAGAAUUCAUGGUUCCUUCUAUUAAGG